AAUUCGUAAAUACGAUCCACAACGUAAAACAAUAAAUCUUGGCUUUAUUUUUUCUAAUCAUUAAUAAUAAUAAUAAUUACUUAGUGUUUUCCUCAUUCAUCAAGAUUGACAAGAAAAACAACAUGAAUCCUUGAAAAAAAAUCAAGAAAGAUAAUCUAAAACUUACGAUAACAUUGAGCAUUUUGUCUUUGGAUUAAGCCAUUCACAUCUGGUAUAAAAUAAUUGACAUUUGAUUUCGUUUAAAAAUCGUAAAAAAUGCUUACCGAAGAUGACAUUCAACAACGAUAUCCUUUGCAUACUUUUGUUUGGAAAAAUUCACACAGUCAAUUGAAAGAUUAUCUUUCAUUGCAUUCCAAGGAUGUUAAUCUGGAACAAAAAGAUAUCCGUAGUCGAACCCCGUUAAUGUUGGCCGCCGCUCUAGAUCAUAAAGAAUGUGUACGUAUUUUACUUGAUCACAAUGCUCUGGUUAAUGUAACGGAUCAUACGGGUUUUAAUGUAUUACAUGAAGCUGUUACAACGGCUGAUCCUAAAUUAAUUCGUGAUGUUUAUCUAAGAAAAGAAUUACAACGUAUUAAUUCGAUACGAGUGGAUGGAAUUCCGCGACUUUUAUCUAAAAUAUGUGAUACCACCGAUUUUUAUUUAGAGAUGAAAUGGGAAUUCACAUCAUGGAUACCAUUGAUUUCUCAGCUCUGUCCCAGUGAUACAUAUCGCAUUUAUAAACGUGGUUCUAAAGUUCGUGUAGAUUCCACAUUGAUAGGUAUCGAUGAAGUUACCAAUGAAGCAACCAUUGAUUGGCAGCGUGGAAAUACAUCGCUAAUUUUGUCUGGCUCAGAAAAUGGCUGCACUUUUAUUGAAAUUGAUCACAAUAAACGCAGCGUACAUAAGCGUGCAAUGGAAAUUAUACGACCCGAUGAAGUUCAUGAUUUAUUGGGUAUUACCGAAGAUCAGAUAGCCGAUCGUUUAACACAACCAAUUAAAACAAUGUAUAUAGAUAGUGAAAAAGUGAAUUUUGAACGGGCUAAAUCAGGUUUUAUUGGCUUUCGUACCGAUCGUGUAGAUCAAUUCAAUGGCUAUGAAUGUAAAGUUUAUUUGGCACAAAAUGUCGAAUUCAUUACUAAAACUCGCAUCGAACAUUUAACUCAAGAAGAUAAAAUGCGUUAUAAAAAAAUGAAAGAUUCAUCUUCAUUAGCAUCAUUUCGUUCGAUUGUUGGCAUACAUGAACAGAAUAUACCAAAUCCAUUCGAAAAUGAUGAAGUAUAUAAUUCCAAUCCUGAAUUACGACGGAAUCCAUAUCGAUUAUCAUUGCUCGAUUAUUUUAAUCUUACUCCGGAUGAUCCUCGUGAUAUUGGAUCACCAAGAGAAACGAAUAUCAAAAAACAGUAUUUCAAAGCAAAUAUUUGGAUGUCGGAUGAUUUUCCAUUGUCACUAAAGGAACAAAUUCUUCCCAUCGUAGAUAUGGUGGCUACUUAUAGUUCACAUUUUGCUAAAUUACGUGAUUUUAUAACAGGCAAAUUACCCACAGGAUUUCCAGUCAAAAUCGAGAUUCCACUGUUCCAUUUGUUAAAUGCAAAAAUAACAUUUGGAAAUGUAUUUGCACAAGAUUCACCAGUGGAUGGUGUAAGUAUGAGUUGUUUUCCUGAUCAAUCUACAAUCAAUCCUGGUAAAGAAGAUUUCAUUUCUCCAUCAUCGUCAUCAUCGAAUAAUCAUAGAAAUGGCAAAUGUACUGUUGAUGAGAAAUGUUUUGAACCACCUGAAGAUUAUCAAAUUUUAGCUGAUGAUUAUAGGGGGACUCUUUCGAUUCUCGAAUAGUUAUCAUCAUUUUAAUUAUAAUAAUAAACGAUGAUUGGUGAUUGAAGAUGACACGAGAUCAUGGAAUAAAAUGUUUUUUUGGAUAAAUGUUUUUAAAUAAAUGAAUUUUUAAGUGGAAAAAAAAUUAGAUAAAUAUCCCCUAAUCCGGUAAUAUUGAAUACAAUGUUGAAGUGAUAAAUAACGCCAUCGGCUAAAAAAAAUUUUGUAAUUAUGUGAUGUGAUUAGAAUAAAUUUUCGAAUAUUCGAAAUUUUUUUAUUGUUAAAAUUGUUGAUGUUUUUUUUUCUGUCAAUGCUUCGUCACUAUCGAUCAUUUGGAUUGCUAAUGUUUUUUUUGUUUUGUUUGACUGAAGUUCAUUGAACCUUAUGGUUCAAUGAUUUUAACGAUUCGAUAUUUUAUUUGAAUUUUUUUUUCUUUCUCUUCUCAAAUUAUUAAAUUUUUUUUCUC